CGGGGCCACACCAAUAUUCACCAGCCACACCUCCUUCUGCAGAAAUGGAUGCUCUUCUCUCUCCCAGAGCAAUCUCUUCUCUCUUUAUAGCCUCUCUUCACUUUAUUGGAGCCAUUCUGAUUACGUGGCUGCUUGGCAAAUGGCGCUCCCUUCCAUUCCACGAGUGGUUGAUAGUUCUCUGGCUGGUUUAUGAUGCUAUAGUCCACUUUACAUUAGAAGGACCUUUUGUCUUUUUUUCACUGAACAGCACAGUUUUAGAGUCGAGUGGCAUUCUUGCUGAUGUCUGGAAGGAAUAUUCAGUUGCUGAUUAUCGAUGGGGUGUAUCUGAUCCAACAAUAGUAUCACUUGAGAUCCUAACUGUCUUUGUUGAUGGUUCCCUUUGCAUUCUACUCAUCUAUGCCAUUUUAAAGAACAAAUACUACAGGCAUUUUGUUCAGAUUGUUCUCUGUGUCUGUGAGCUUUAUGGAGGAUGGAUGACUUUUGCUCCAGAGUGGUUAACAGGGUCUCCAAACUUAUCUACAGACAAUGUCAUCCACAUGUGGCUCUAUCUUGUCUUCUUUAAUGGCCUUUGGGUUCUGAUUCCACUCCUGCUCUUAGUACACUCAUUUGUUAACAUGGAGGCAUCCAAUAUGAAAAAGGAUGCAGCAACCAAUAUGAAAAAGGAUGCAGCAUCCAACAUGAAAAAGGAUGCAAAGAAAGGAAAAAAGAAUAAAUGAAAUGAAAAGGCUACUAUUAAAGUUUUGCUUUUUUAAUGUAAUGAUGAAUUGAUGAUGCUUUUAAUAAUUUUUCUAUUUUGUACUCGGUUUUAGCAUUAUAAAAA